AUGGAAUUGGGUGCAGCCUAUAUUAUAGAUCCAAUCCAUGGAAUGGGUGCAGCCCAUAUUAUAGAACCAAUCCAUGAAAUGGGUGUAGCCCAUAUUAUAGAUCCAAUCCAUGGAAUGGGUGCACCCCAUAUUAUAGAUUCAUUCCACGGAAUGGGUGCAACCCAUAUUAUAGAUCAUAUUCAUGGAAUGGGUGCAACCCAUAUUAUAGAUCCAAUCCAUGGAAUGGGUGCAGCCCAUAUUAUAGAUCCAUUCCACGGAAUUGGUGCAACCCAUAUUAUAGAUCCAAUCCAUGGAAUGGGUGCAGCCCAUAUUAUAGAUCCAAUCCAUGAAAUGGGUGCAACCCAUAUUAUAGAUCCAAUCCAUGGAAUGGCUGCAGCCCAUAUUAUAGAUCCAUUCCACGGAAUGGGUGCAACCCAUAUUAUAGAUACAAUCCAUGGAAUGGGUGUAGUCCAUAUUAUAUAUCCAAUCCAUGAAAUGGGUGCAACCCAGAUUAUAGAUCCAAUCCAUUCCAAUGUGUGCAGCCCAUAUUAUAGAUAA